AUGGACUGCAAGUUAGUCUCCAAAUCAUGGAAUAAAGUGAUCAGUCGUCAACAAUUUUCUCAGUCUCACUUGAAUCACUGCCUUAACAAUCGUGAUUCUGCCGGUGGUAAGUUUACUUUCCUUUUUGUGAAUAAUAAUCCACUUCCUGCAUACAGACAGUUUCAUUAUUUGGAAGUUUAUGAUAAGACUUCAUCUUCAGAGGAACAACCCUUUCAUAGAGUUACAAGAAUGAAACUAAACCCUGCUCCGUUUAAGUUAUAUAAUUUUGUUGGUUCCUGUAAUGGUCUAGUUUGUCUUAAUGGGUGCUAUGAUAAUGAGGGGGUGAACUAUGAACCAGUUUAUAUCUGUAAUCCCAUCACUAGAGAAUGUGUGCUUUUACCGGAAUUUGAGAGAACAGAUGAUCAUGGUGUUCGAUUGUUGACUGGAUUCGGUUAUGUUUCUAAGACGAAUGAGUACAAGGUUGUGAGAAUGUAUAAAUUUUUGAAAGAGCCCAAUUUUGUACAUGCUGAGAUAUACACACUUGGAAGUGGCAAGGGAUGGAGGAACUCAGGGAAGAAAUUCGACAAAGACCUGGAUUUGUUUGUUUCUAUAUGUGGCGUGCUUGUCAAUGAACUUGAAUGGCUUUGUUGGCAGCUAAAAAAUGGCAAAGUUGUGGCUUUUCUUUUGUCUUGUGAAAUGAUAAUAGAAGUACCUACAAGUAUUUCCACUUCUUGGGAGUAUAAACUUGGGGUUUUAGGGGGUUCUUUGUCGGGUACUUACUAUGAUAGAGAUUCCAAUACUUAUGAUGUAUUGCUACUGAAGAAGGAGAAGGAAAAUGGGCCAUUCAGAUGGACUGAGGAGUUUAGUCUAAGCGGCACACAUGCUCAUGAAUGGCUUGGCCUUACUUGUAGGCGUGCACUUCUAUGUUGGUCAGAGACAAAGGUCCUAGUUCAAGACCUAAACUCUGUAUAUCCAAAACUGCUUGUGGAUUUUAAGGUCAAAUGUAUACAUCAAGCAAUCCCGCAUAUGAACACCUUGGUUUCACUAAAAGCAUUAGGAGAAGAAAAUACAAACAUAAUGGAAACAGCUGACAUACCAAGAUAG